AUGCACCCUUACGUGAUGACGCAAUUUUUGCCUCGUUGGAGGGUGAUUUCAGCAGGAACAGCAUUUCAAGACAAAGAGAGAAGGCACUUCCUAUUUGUUGUAUAUGUCAACGUAUCUUGUAUCGGUACAAGAUCAACAGAGAUGUCAGUAAGCGAAGAUAUGGAGAAUACAGACCUGCUUGGUCUAAUCUUCCCAGAUGAAGACCCGGGAUCCGGUGAUCUGUUCCUCACAGAGGGGAAUGACUUCCUGGAUGAUUUGCUUUUAGGGCAUAAUAUGCUGGAUGGAAUGGAUACAGAGGACUUUCUCAGCAGUCUUCUGGGUGAGGAAGAGGAUGGUCUGUCUGUCAACUGCUUGUCUCAGUCUCCUCAUGGCAGUGACAGCGGCAUCUCUGAGGAUACCACCCCCCAAAGUCCACAUGAUGGCAGUGAGACAGACACCAUCCCCAGUCCAGGCCUCGAACCCCUGCUUUAUUCCGAGUGUGUGAUGGAGAGCUACGAGGCCCAGGUGGUGCAGACAGACCACUGUUACACACUCCCACAGGACACAGAUGCCCUGCUCAGUGUCCGCUCGGAGAAUCCCGAGUCCGAUGUCUUCAUAGAUGUUGAUGAUUUUGAUGUCAGUAUGGACGAUGACUUCUCCCCUGAGCCACCCUGCUCACUUACGAUUGAAGACUCCACACAAAAUAGCAAACCAGACAACCAGUUCCAAUUCAAGGAGAUUGUUUUGACCGAUGAAGAGAGGAGACUUCUGGCAAAAGAAGGUGCAAGUAUUCCAAGUCAGAUGCCUCUUACAAAGGCCGAGGAACGGACCCUGAAGAGGGUGAGGAGAAAGAUCCGGAACAAGCAGUCUGCUCAGGAGAGUCGCAAAAAGAAGAAAGUUUAUGUUGAUGGCCUAGAAAACAGGGUGGCGAUCUGCACUGCUCACAACCAGGAAUUACAAAAGAAAGUUCAGAUGCUGCAGAAACAAAACAUGUCCCUUAUUGAACAGCUAAGAAAAUUGCAAGCUAUGGUGAAAAUGUCCACAAUGAAAACCACCACGACUAGCACUUGUAUCAUGGUGUUCCUGCUUUCUUUUUGUCUGAUCAUUUUCCCCUCAGUCAAUCCUUUUGGCAGCAGCAAUCAGAAAGAUCUCUAUACAUCAUCUACAGGGAUGUCCCGAGCCCUGCGGUCUUACCCAGCUAUCAUGAAAGAGGACAUUAUAUCCACCUCAGCUAAAGAAGUGCCGGAGCAGGAUGUCCUCCUAGUGGCCACCAUAGAGAAUAAGCAGGUGCUGCUGUCCGGUGGUCAGAACCACACACCUGACUACCAGCGGGUCGAGCAGUCUGACUCCGAGUCUGGUGUCAACAGCAACUCAUCCGCUGACUUCCCCACUGCUGCCCAGUCAGAUCUCCAAGCAGACGGAGCUCUCUCAGAGUCUCACAGGAACUCCGCAGCGUCUCCGGGGAUCUACGACGGGCAGAGCAAAACCAAGGAGAGCUGGAUGGAGCAGAAACCCACGUCAGUUAUAAUACAACAGCACCGAUCGGAUGAAAUGUAGGAAA